AUGCUCGGUUUCAAGAAGCUCCUCGCAAUUGCUGCGCUCGUUGCUGCCGUCGUUGUCGCUGACAGUGAGCUCACCACUUUAAUUCCCAAUUCUCCUGCCUCCUGCGCGGCUGCUGUCACCGUCACCGUCACCAACACGGUCACUGCUUGCGCUUCGCCUACCGGACCUGUCGCGCCUCCUCCAGUUUACUCUUCGCCUACUCCACCCGCUUCGUCCGUCGAGGUGCCGCCUUCUCCGCCUGCCUCAUCAGCUGAGGUUCCGCCUCCUCCUCCCGCCUCGUCGGCUGAGGUCCCGCCUGCCCCUCCGGCUUCCUCGGGCGAGGUUCCUCCCCCGGCUUCGUCUGGUCCGGCUGAGUCUUCCGCCACUCCUCCCGCGAGCAGCGGUGUUGAGCCCUCCACUGGAUCUAUCACCACCCCAGGCCCCUCUACCACCGCCGCCAUGAGCUCGCAGCCCGGCACUCCCACCCCUUCUGAGGUCUCGACCGCUGGUGGUGCCAUCGCGACGCCACUCAUCGGUCUGGGCUCGUUCGUGUUUGCCAUGGCUGCCCUCGUCUAG